AUGGACGAUAUUCAUAAUAAUAAUGAAAACAUUCAAAAUGAUUAUGACAAUAUUGUAAUAUUAUCAGAACAAGAAUCAAUUAAAAAUCAAAUUGACAUUGAUUUUAGUAUUGAACAAUUUAGUGAUAAUAAUAAUAGUAAUAAUAAUAAUAAUAAUAAUAAUAAUAGUAAUAAUAAUAAUAAUGAUAAUGAUAAUGAUAAUGAUAAUGAUAAUGAUAAUGAUAAUGAUAAUGAUAAUAUAGAUAAUACCAGUAUUAUUUGUGAAGAUUAUGACGAUAAAAUAAAUAUUAUUAGCGAUAAUAAUAUUAAUAAUAAUAUUAAUAAUAAUAAUAAUAUUAAUAAUAUUAAAUACGAUAAUAAAUGUAUUUUUCAUAAAGAACAAGAUUAUAGAUUCAUUUGUAGUGAUUGUCAAGUACCAGUAUGUGAUAUGUGUAUAGUUAGUUCAGAAUAUCAUAGAUCUCAUGUAUUUGAUUUAAUUAAUCAAGUUAAUACAGCUACAUUAUUUCAAGAUUUUAAGAAUAAACAUUUUCAAAAUUUAGAUCAUUGUUUAGAGAGUAUUAAAGAAUCAGUCAACGAUUCUAAUGAAAUCUAUAAGAAUUUAAAUGAAGAACAUAAUCAAAAUGUAAAUAUUGUAACUAAAGAAUUUAAAGAGAUUCACUCACUUUUAGAAUCAAUUGAAAAGGAUAUCAUUAACAGAUUAAAUAGUCAUCAUGAUGAAAAUAAAGAAACCAAUGAAAAAAUUACAACAACUGCAAAUGAUCACAUUAAAAAUGUUGAUCAAUUAUUAAGUAAAUAUAGAUACUCAAUCAAUGAUUAUAAUAUUGAUGAAAUUUUUAAUAAUAGUAAUAAUAGCAAUAAUAAUAAUUGUGGUAGUAGUAAUCGUCAACAUAUAGAAUUAUUAAAACAUAGUUAUCAAACCCAAAUAUUAUUAAAUGAACAAGAUGAUGAUAAUACACUCAAUAAAUUAAUAAGUGAAUAUAAUAAAAUUUCAUUAAUAAAUUCAAUUGAUCUCGUUAAAAAUUCAAUUAAAGAUACUUUUCAAAUUCAACCAAAUAGUCUUUAUUCUGAAGAUUCAAAAGAUCCAAAAAGAGUUAAAGUUGGUAUUGAUGAAUUUUUCAUUUAUAAAAAUGGUUGUGUUAUACCGAAUGGUGUUGUAAAUUUAGCAUUAGGACCAAGUAUUAAAAAAUUAACAGUUGGUUCAAUUCCAUCAACUAUAAAGAGAUUGGUUUUAUUAGAUGGUUUUAAAGUUCAACUUACUGAAGGACUAUUACCAAAUACAAUUAAAUCAUUACUUGUUGGUGCUAUUAAAAAACCAUUACUUAAAGGUUCAAUACCUGCUGGCGUAGCUUACUUAUUUUUAUUGGAUGGUUUUGAUCAAGAAAUCGUUGAAAUACCACGUAAUGUCUCUGAAAUUUUCCUUUAUAAUACUACUUUCAUCGUUCCAAUCACAUAUAAAGGUAAUCUUUAUAAGAAACCAACUUAUAAACAAUAUACUUUAUUCGGUCCAACUGCUCAUGCUUGGAGUGGUGGUGGUUGGGAAGUUAAAGUUGAAAUGUAA